UGUAAACAAGAGCUCGUCCACUCCAGUGCAUCGCACCACACAACACAGUAUCGCGAAAACAUGGAAAGCCCGCACGAGCACCAGCAGAGCCUCUUGCUCUCGCGCAUCAUUGUCAACGUGGAAAAGCUCAAUGAAGCAAUCAUGACCCUGAAUAAGAAUCUCCAAGAGAUCAACAUAGCAAACAUGGACACGGAGCUGGUGUCUCAGAUGUUCAAGAACUACCAGUCCAACGUGCUUUUCCACCUUGAAGCUACCAACGGUCUGAAGGAUCCGGCUUGAGCAGUUGCAUGAAGUGGAGAUGUUCAAUUGAUCGUGUUGACGUCCCAACUCAAUACACUACCUUCGUCUCCAUGCUAGUCUUGAUACAGUCAGAAGGAUAGGAUCCGCCUAUUAUGCGCGCGCCGAGCAAGAUGUAUGCCGCGUGGGUCGGCUGAUGGCGAAGGGCUGAGUACCUGAGUAAAGCUAGACUGUGCAGGAAGUUGGAGCUACUCUCUGGACUGCAAGUAUACCAAUGAGUAUUCUGCGACUUCGAAAUUUCCAGCCG